UCUGUGCCCCACAGAUGUCCAGGCUAUAAUGGGUGGUGCGAAAAACUGAGCAGUGACAAAGACAAUGACAUAGCUCUGCAUAUAAAACUAACUGUUCAUGUACGAUUAGACUCUAUGUCCAGAAGGAAGCACAGUGAUGAGGGCCUUGUGUGUUUGUCUGACUUGGAUUUCUUUCUUGCUUUCCUCCUCGAAGUCUUUCCUUCCUGCUCCCUCUUGCAAGUUAUGGAGGAGAUUUCACCUUAAUGGGAUGCAUAAUGCUGGUGACAUAGUUUUGGGUGGCUUGUUUGAAAUCCACUAUAGCUCAGUGUUUCCUGAUCUGACGUUUACCUCAGAGCCACCUCAGCCGAGCUGCCAAGGGUAGGUCUCAGACACCAAGAGAUUAUUUUAAAAUCAAUGUGUUGCUGUUUGACUGUGAUACUGUAUGUUAGCUUUGACCCUCUGGGGUUCAGACAUGCAAUGACCAUGGCCUUUGCUAUCGAGGAGAUCAACAAACACUCCAGCCUUCUACCCAAUGUCACUCUGGGAUAUAGUCUUUAUGACAACUGUGCUACCCUGGGCAUCGGCGUCAGUGCUGCACUGUCGCUGGCUAGUGGUCAAGAGGAGCAGGGUGUCCUUCAGCUGAACUGUUCAGGGGCUCCUCCAGUCCUGGGGAUUGUGGGUGAUUCCUUCUCAACUUUUUCUAUAGCCACAUCUACUGUUUUGGGCCUGUUUAAGCUCCCUAUUGUGAGUUAUUUUGCCACAUGUUCUUGUCUGAGUGAUCGGAGAAGGUUUCCAUCUUUCUUUAGAACCAUCCCAAGUGAUGCCUUCCAGGUGCGUGCUAUAAUUCAGAUUCUAAAAUACUUCGGCUGGACUUGGACAGGUCUGCUGGUCAGUGAUGAUGAUUAUGGACUUUAUGCUGCUCGAACGUUCCAGUCUGACCUGAGUCAGUCCAGUGUUGCUUGCCUGGCUUACUUGGAGAUUUUGCCUUGGGGCAACAAUCCGAAUGAAUACAAACGAAUUGUGGACGUAAUGACACAAUCCUCAGCUCGUGUAGUCAUUCUCUUUGCACCACAGACACACAUAGUUCAACUCAUGGAAGAGGUUGUAAAGAAGAAUUUGAGAGGCCUGCAGUGGAUUGCCAGUGAAGCUUGGACAUUGGCGGCUGUCCUCCAGACCCCCCACCUCAUGCCCUACCUGGGUGGCUCAUUAGGCAUUGCUAUCCGUCGAGGAGAGAUACCCGGCCUCAAGGACUUCAUUUUGCAAAUACGUCCUGACCUUCACCCAAACACCUAUGGAAAUAGUGUGGUUAGGCAGGUUUGGGAGUAUACAUUUCAUUGCAAGUUUGCGCCACUGCCACCAGGUUUUUUGGAAGCUGGAGGAGCACUAUGCACUGGACAGGAAGAGUUAGAGAGUAUGAAGAUUGAGUUUUUGGAUGUUUCCAACCUCAGGCCUGAGUACAAUAUUUACAAGGCGGUGUAUGCUUUGGCACACGCCCUCCACGAUCUGCUACAGUGUAAGCUAGGGAGGGGGCCGUUCGAAGGACACAGCUGUGCUACUUUAGAAAAACUGGAGCCAUGGCAGCUAAUAUAUUACUUGGAGAAGGUGAACUUCACCACUGCCUUUGGUGAUCAAGUAUCAUUUGAUGCGAAUGGUGAUGCUUUACCAAUCUAUGAUAUUAUGAACUGGCUGUGGCUCCCAGAUGGAAGAAUUAAAGUUGAGAGUGUUGGGGUAGUUAGGAAGUCAACAUCUGAAAGUGAAGAACUCAUACUUAACCAAGAGAAAAUCUUUUGGAACUUUGAAUCUAAGCAGCCCCCCAGGUCAGUGUGCAGCGAGAGCUGCAUCCCAGGAACCCGCAUGGCAAGAAAAAAAGGACAGCCUGUCUGCUGCUUUGACUGCAUCCCUUGUUCUGAAGGAAAUAUCAGCAAUAGAACUGACUCCACAGAGUGCACCAGUUGCCCAGAGGAUUUCUGGUCCAACCGUCAGCGUGACCACUGUGUUCCUAAAGAAACUGAGUUUCUGUCCUACCAUGAUCCUCUUGGCAUGUGCUUAACAUUUGCUUCAUUUCUGGGCACACUUAUCUGUGCCAUUGUGCUGGGCAUCUUCAUCUAUUAUCGCAGCACACCCAUGGUACGUGCCAACAACUCAGAACUAAGUUUCCUGAUCUUGUUGUCACUCAAAUUAUGUUUCCUGUGCUCUCUGCUGUUUAUUGGCCAACCCAGACUGUGGACAUGUAAAUUGAGACAUGCAGCAUUUGGGAUCAGCUUUGUGCUUUGUGUCUCAUGCAUCCUGGUUAAAACCAUGGUGGUCCUAGCUGUGUUCAAGGCCUCCAAGCCAGGAGGUGGAGCCAGUCUAAAGUGGUUUGGUGCUGUGCAGCAGAGAGAAACCGUUUUAGCUCUCACUUGCAUUCAGGCAGCAAUCUGCACUUCUUGGAUUGUCUCUGCAUCUCCAUCACCUCACAAAAACACUCAUUACCACAAUGACAGGAUUGUUUAUGAGUGUGUAGUUGGAUCAACGAUAGGUUUUGCAGUGUUACUCGGGUACAUCGGUUUACUGGCUGUCCUGAGCUUCUUAUUAGCAUUUCUGGCGAGGAAUCUUCCAGAUAAUUUCAAUGAGGCCAAACUCAUCACGUUCAGCAUGUUGAUCUUCUGUGCUGUGUGGGUUGCCUUUGUUCCUGCUUAUGUUAACUCUCCUGGUAAAUAUGCUGAUGCAGUGGAGGUGUUUGCCAUCCUGGCUUCAAGUUUUGGCCUCUUAGUUUCACUGUUUGGACCUAAAUGUUACAUAAUCCUGUUGAGACCAGAGAGAAACACAAAAAAGGCAAUAAUGAAUCGGGACACAACACACUGACUUUUCCUUUUUUUCCCCAAAACAUGCUUUAUAGAUAGAUAGAUCUUCUAUCUAUCAAAAGCUAAUUCCCCCACAAAAAUUAGAGUGAACAUUUAACUAACACAGAAAACAUUCUGUAAUUGUAAAUGUAUUAUUGAAGUUGUAACUGUUAAAACAUCCACAUCGAGUGAAAAUAGCAGCAGCCAACUACAUAAAUUUUGUAUGUGUCACACUAGA